AUGGAGCUGACACUUGAAGUGAACGAUCAUAUUCUAGAGAUUGAGGAUAUAUUUGGCUUGGCUGGCAAUGAGUCCUUUGUUCCCCACCUGCCUGUCAUCAGUGUGACCAUUGAGGGUUUCGAGGCAAUCAGACCUGGCGCCCUACCAGACACACUCAAGAUGCUAUGCUUUAGCCACCAUUAUUCCGAACCACUUCAAGUUGGUUGUCUGCCAUCGUCGCUCACUGUGCUUGACCUUGGAAAGAUCAUUCUCAAGAUCCCAAUCACACCCGGUGUCCUGCCACACUCGGUCCAACGAUUGAGGUUCCCCACCUGGUACAACAUUGAGCUUGAGCCAGGCACGCUGCCACGCUCUCUCAUCCAACUCAAAUUGGGAUACAACUUCAAUCAGAGGCUGGGGAUUGGCCUCCUCCCUUCCUCUCUUACAAAGUUGAAGCUCGGAUAUGAAUUCAACAUCCCAAUCGAGUGGGGAGUGUUGCCAACUACUCUGUUGAGCCUCAAGUUCGGAAAAUGCUUCAAUCAAUCAGUGUCAUGGCCACAAUCACUUGAAACUCUUUGCAUUAAUCGAGACUAUGAUCCAAAGUCAAAGGAUACACCUCCAAGUAGCCUGAGAUACAUUAACAUUCUGUCUUUUGUCAAUCAUUCCAAUUUUCUUAACCGAUGCCAAUCGAUUAAGGGAUUGAAGAUCCGUGUCAUUGAUGAUAUCAGCGAGGUCUUGAUCCCUGAUGGCAUUCACUCAAUCAAGUUGAAGUUCAAGACUAAUGCCAUACAACUCAAACAAUAUCUCAAGUCACUCCUGGAAGUGAAUCAACAAGUCACGAGCAUCAGUAUGAGACUUGGAGUCUAUCGCUUCGAAGUGCUAAUUCUGGACUCCCAAAAGGGAUGGUUUGCUGCAUGGGUCAGUUAUAUAUAUGGCAUGUCUGAUACCAGCAAGUUGAUGUUCCUCAAUCUUGUCGACUUCCUCUCAGCAUCGGACACAGGGUUGAACGAGCUCUAUCCUCCCUACGAUAAAAAACAUCACCAGAACGAUGAUGUAUCAUCGGAUAACGAGAGCUCUGUAAGCGGUUCAUAUGACCUCAGUGAGUGGAUCGAAUAA